AAAAGCGCACCCAAAAGACAAAGGUAGAUGGCUAGCUUACUAAUAUCUUAUUGUAGCCUACAUCAUCAUUAUCGUGGACAGAUUGUGCUAACAUUUAUUGAUUACGCAGACCUGGAAAUCUGUCUUUCUAGUGCUCCGGCCCAGCGAGCUCUACAUCUACAAAUCGGAUAAGGAGAGCAAGCUUCGCCAUAAGAUCUAUACCUCGGAGCUCUCGGCCGUCACGCUUCUUAAGGAUCCCAAGAACAAGCGCCAUAAUCUCUUCGGUCUGUUCUCGCCGUCGCGAAACUUCCAUCUUGAGGCACCAACUCUAAAGGAUGCUCAAGAAUGGGUCGACUUGAUUAGAAAGGACGGUAGAAUUGAGGAAGAGGAGGAGGAGAUGUUCUUAGCAAGUGCCGUUGUGCGCCGACAAACCUUUGCCCCUAUUAGCAUGGCUCCAAAUAGCUCGGGAUCCACAAAGACCCGACAGCCGGACAUCGAGAGGCCGCUAUCAAGUUCUCCCUCGUCUACUGAACCCCCUUCAUCUCGAUCUCUGACGUCAGCAACGAGAAGAUUCUCCCAUAAUGACUACUCCGGGAUGUCCGCAAACGAACUGGCUUCGCAUUCCGAUUUCUCCGACAAUGAUGGCCCACGAGCUCAUGGGGCUUCCAUUGACAGCUUCACGGCUCGUUCUCCCGGCAUAUCUGGUUUGCAGCUAGAUUCUAGCUCGAAAGAUCGCCCAAGCCUAGUCAACAGAAAUGCUAGCCAACUAAGUGGCCUGAAUCUCGAGAAUGACCCGGAUCGCAUCGUUUGGCAAGGCUGGCUCUGGCUCCUGAACAGCAAGCGUGGCGUGAAGCAGUGGAAGAAUCGCUGGGCAGUGCUACGGCCGCGAAACAUUAUUCUCUACAAGGACGAAUCGGAGUAUAAGGCCUCCUUCAUCCUGGGUCUCGCGGUUAUUGUUAACGUCGUGGAUAUCAACCCGAUUAGCAAGAGCAAACUGCAUUGCUUCCAAAUCAUCACGGAUGAAAAGAGUUACCGUUUCUGCGCUCACGACGAAGAAACACUGCUGUAUUGCCUAGGUGCCUUCAAGAGCAUCCUUUCGAAGCGCAGAGAGCUGGAAGCACGCGCAGCUGCCUCAGGGAACGUGGCGACCCAGUGAGCAGGCUAACAAGCUAGCAAGCAAGCAUACAUGGAUGAUCUUGCCAGCAAGUCAUUGUUUUUCGUGAUACCCUAGGAGUCAAUAUUGGUGGGACCGCAUUCGGAACGUGGGACGGUCAAAAGGCACGAUGGCGUGAGACUUGUCUCUGCGGUGUGCUACGGGGCUAGGAGUAUAUUAUUGUUGUUGAACUUCGUACAGGUAACGGGGGGUUUUGCUGGAUUGCUUACCCUUUCACGACCGGUUUACGAUACAAAAAGCAACAUUUUUUUUCCCUUCCCGUGUAUUACGCAUGUAUAAUUGCGUUAUGAUAAUGACGGAGACAGAUACAGAGUUGUACAGUUUAAUAAUACCUACACUACCAUUAGACUUUGUAAUCCAUAGCCAUACGCUAAUUUAAUGAUUCUGUAUUCCUUAUCCACAUGCCUAGGUUAGUGUACUAGGUUAAGUAUAUAAGAAUGAUGAACGUCCUCAGUAAGAUCUACACCUGAUGACUAGCUAAUAACUAGUAGCUACCUACCUAGGUAGAGAGCUAGCUUCAAAGUUCAUACUUAAUCGUGGUCAUACAAGGUACAGAGGGAUUCUGGUGUUGCGGCGCAUUCAGCCCAUUGUGGCAGGUUAGUUAUCUCACGCCGAGUCGACUGAGGAUGUUCGGUAUUCCGUUUGGAGACGUUUGGAGAUUUGGA